AUGUCCGACCAAGUAUUCGGCCUAUACCAAAUAGCUGAGAAAUCGUGGACGUUCGCCCAUCAGGUGUACAUGUGGUUUGUUGACUUCGAGAAAGCGUAUGAUCGGAUCCCGCGCAAGAAUGGACAAGUCGCUAGCUUUAGCGUCUCGAUAUGGUUCGGAAUACUGACAUCAGUGAAGGCCUUGAUGUGCAGCCGCUGCUUCUUCAGAUUGAGAAGCCACAGCUGCGAUGGCAUGGCCGUGUAUUGCGAAUGCCUCCAGAAAGGAAGGCGAAACAACUAUUUCUUGCCCAGCCGACCGGAAGAAUGUCCAGCGUGUUUCAGUCUUUCACUGAUGAAACGCGAUGGACAGGACGAGAAUGCUGACUACGUGCUCAGAAGCAAGCGAGCACGAGGCGCCUCUACGCUGGAUGAUCAGGUAGGCCUUCUUGAUUCUGCGCCCAACUACUAG